AGUACAAUAGUUGUAUUUGCGGUAGAAUUCACAUUUUUUUGCCGUAACCACACACAAUGUCGUCUCUUCAAAAAUAUUAGCUAUUUUCUAAAUGAAAGAUAAACUAAUUUUUCAGAUAUUCGUAAGCGGGAAUAUUCCUUAAGGUCCAGUUUUCCUGCAAAUCGUUACCUACUUUCACCCUUCCUAACAGAACACGGCAGCUCGGUAAGGUUCGCUGGACAGCCAUAGCCGUAGACACGUGACCGCAACGCAAGCCUUGGGCGAGUCUACAUUAUAACUAGACCUACGACGCUUUCCUUCCUGCUUGUCUCUUCAACUCCAGCGGUCGUAGAGUGAAGACGUGUGAGAGAAUCAGAGAUUAGAGAUGGCUGAAAAUCAGGAGUAUGAGAUGGGAAAUGGAGAGUAUCAGCAGGACGGUGGUGAACAGAAAUUCCAGUCUGACGAACAGCAGCAACAGCAACAAGUUAAUGGUGAAGGCGAAGGAACAAAUGAGGCUGGCGGAGGUGGUGGUGAUGCGCCAGCAGACAGCGGUAGCGCGGAAGCACCAGGAAGAGACGAUGACAGGAAAUUGUUUGUUGGUGGCCUCAGUUGGGAAACAACUGACAAGGAACUUAGGGAACACUUCCAAACAUAUGGUGAGAUUGAGAGUAUUAAUGUAAAGACUGACCCAAGCACUGGUAGGUCAAGAGGGUUUGCCUUCAUUGUUUUCUCACAGGCAGAAUCAAUUGACAAGGUAUUGAGUGCAGGGGACCACAUAAUAAAUAACAAGAAAGUUGACCCAAAAAAAGCAAAGGCCAGGCAUGGGAAGAUUUUUGUUGGUGGCCUGGUUCCAGAGCUGUCAGAUGAUGACAUAAAGAACUACUUUGCACAAUAUGGAACAAUAGUAGAGGUAGAGAUGCCAUUUGACAAGACAAAGAACCAGCGAAAAGGUUUCUGCUUUAUCACUUUUGAAUCUGAACAAGUUGUACAAGAAUUGUUAAAAUCUCCUAAGCAGAGCAUAAAUGGGAAAGAGGUGGAUGUUAAAAAAGCAACGCCAAAACCAGAUGGCAUGGGUGGAGUCCGUGGCGGUAGAGGCGGAAGAGGUGGCCGUGGAAGAGGCAGAGGAGGUUAUGGUAGUCAAGGCUGGGGUAACCAGGGAGGUUAUGGAGGUUACGGUGGAUAUGACCAAGGAGGCUAUGGAGGAUAUGGCGGGUAUGAUUAUUAUGGAAGUGGAUACGGAAAUUAUGGUGGAUAUGGAGGAUAUGAUUACACACCUUAUUCUGGCUAUGGAAACUAUGCAGCAGAUUAGUCCUGUAUGUGGUCUCAUCUUCAUUUUACAUCAUUCCAUGAGAAGCUCUGCAGCAGUGCAGUGAAAGCAUGUGUGAAAGUGAAUGGACUUGUGUGUAUAAGUGCAGUUUUUUAAUAAAAGAACACCAGAUGUGUUAAUGUAUUUAAUUUGAACUUUGUACGAAACAUUUCAUAACAAUAGCCCUUGUAUUGUCAGUGUUGUCACCAUUUAGAAUUGGACAAGUUUUAAUUCAUUAUGUGGAAGAUUUUUUAUGUUACCUGUCAUUCGAUGGGUCUAAUUCUUUUUGAGUAUGGACAGCAACUGUCUGAAUAAAGAAAAUUUAUGUACAAAAGUUAA